CCCUUAGCCUCUCACAGCCUCUGGGAUCCCCACAGGGUAAUGGGCGUUCUGCUGGCGAGGAGGACAAGGUGACACCCUAUUCUUGCUGUGCCCCACCAGGCCAGGUUCACCGGCUCCCUCCGCCCACUGCUGUCAGGUCUGUUGCCAAGGCCAAACACCCCACCAGCCACAGUCAUGAGCUCGCCAAAGAAGGAGCGUCUUGGUGCCAGCAGCUUGGAGCCCCUCCCGGUCAUCGUCAUUGGCAACGGCCCCUCGGGCAUCUGCUUGUCUUACCUGCUCUCUGGCUACACCCCCUAUGUGAAGCCAGAUGCCAUCCACCCGCACCCCCUGCUGCAGAGGAAGCUCACUGAGGCUCCGGGGGUCUCCAUUCUGGACCAGGACCUGGACUACCUCUCCGAAGGCCUCGAAGGCCGGUGCCAAAGCCCCAUGGCCCUGCUCUUCGAUGCUCUCCUGCGCCCAGACACAGACGUCGGGGGAGACAUGGAGUCUGUCCUCACCUGGAAACACCAGAAGGAGCGAGCCAUCCCCCACAUGGUCCUGGGCCGGAACCUUCCCGGGGGAGCCUGGCAUUCUAUUGAAGGCUCCAUGGUGACCCUGAGCCAAGGCCAGUGGAUGGGGCUCCCAGAUCUGCAGGUCAAGGAUUGGAUGCAAAAGAAGCGAAGAGGUCUUCGCAACAGUCGGGCCACGGCUGGGGACAUUGCCCACUACUACAGGGACUACGUGGCCAAGAAGGGUCUGGGCCACAAUUUUGUGUCUGGCGCUGUGGUCACAGCCGUGGAGUGGGAGACGCCUGAGUCCUGCAACUCGGGGACGCAGGCUCCCAGCCCCCUCUUCCAGGUGAGUGGCUGCCUGACUGCCAAGGACCAGAGCCAGCAGCCCUUCUCACUGUGGGCUCGCAACGUGGUCCUGGCCACUGGCACCUUUGACAGCCCAGCUAGACUGGGUGUCUCCGGAGAGGCCCUGCCUUUUAUCCACUAUGAGCUAUCAGCCCUGGAGGCAGCCAGACGGGUAGGUGCGGUGACCCCAUCGUCAGAUCCCGUCCUCAUCAUCGGUGCGGGGCUGUCUGCGGCCGACGCCGUCCUCUACGCCCGCCACUACAACAUCCCGGUGAUCCACGCCUUCCGCCGGCCUGUGGACGACCCUGGCCUGGUGUUCAACCAGCUGCCCAAGAUGCUGUACCCUGAAUACCACAAGGUGCACCAGAUGAUGCGGGAGCAGUCCAUUUUGUCGCCCUUCCCCUACAAGGGCUACUGCAGCCUCCCCGGGCACAGGCUGCUGUUCUUCAAGGAAGACAACCAGGCCGUGUUCCAGGACCCCCAGGGCAUUGAGAAGGUCUUCGGUAUCUCCUUGGUGCUGGUCCUCAUUGGCUCCCACCCAGACCUCUCCUUCCUCCCUGGGGCAGGCGCUGACCUUGCUGUGGACCCCGACCAGCCACUGAGCGCCAGGAGGAACCCCAUUGAUGUGGACCCCUUUACCUACCAGAGCACCCACCAGGAGGGCCUGUAUGCCAUGGGGCCACUGGCUGGAGACAACUUUGUGAGGUUCGUGCAGGGCGGGGCCCUGGCCGUGGCCAGCUCCCUGCUGAGGAAGGAGACCAGGAAGCCACCCUAGUAUCCGGCCUGACACACCAGCACCCAGGCCCUGAAGAGGAGGGGAGAUCACCACAGCCCUGCUAGGUGCAGGACCCAUCCGAGAUGCCCUGAUGAGGGGAGGAGCCACUCCUGGCAGGAGACAGGAGGGACUAUGAGCCCACGCAGCUGGCCUUUCAGGUCCAGAGGAGGGGGGAAGCCAGGCUGUCCUAGACUCAGACUAUUGCCCAAGGGGGGCAUAGUGGCUGCAGGAGAAGGUAGGCCUAGACCUAGGAUUUUGGGGGAAUGCUGCCAUUAUGAGCUGGCACAACCAGGGCCAGCUGAGUGCCCAGCCAGAGGCUGGGUCUCUCCAUGCAGUUCCCAAAUAAAACCAAUGCCUACCUCCA